AUGAUAAGAACUCUUUUUCAAAGACGUGCAACUGACCUUACUAACAAAAGAAGUUUAUUUUCUAUAAAGAACUUUAUCAUAACAGGGAUAUUUGGAGGAAUUGGAUACACUAUAUACAAAAGAUACUCGGAUGAUUCAAAGAAAACUUUUUCACCAAAUAGAUUCCUUCCAUUAACAGUUAGUGAAAUAACGCCAGUAAAUCAUAAUACACGUAUAUUUCGUUUAAAAUUUCCAAGAGCGUUAAAAGAACCAAUACCAAUUGCGUCUUGUGUCCAAGUUAAAGAUGAUUCUACACAAAUAAUGAGGGAAUAUACACCAAUUAGUCCUAUCAAUGAAUUGAAUUUUAUUGAUUUAUUAGUAAAACGAUAUGAUAAUGGGCAUAUGUCUAGAUUAAUUCAUAAUUUAAAAAUUGGUGAUAAAUUUGAAGUCAGAGGACCCGUUGUUACUUUACCGUAUACACCUAAUAUGAAGAAACAUAUUGGAAUGAUAACAUUUUUCUUAUUCCUAGAUGAUAUACUCCUUUAUAAUGACUUCAAAGAAUUAUCCAAAAAUCAUCCAAACCAAUUAAAAAUUUACUAUACACUCGAUAAGCCACCAAAAGAUAAUUGGACUCAAGGUGUUGGUUAUGUAAGUGAAGAAAUGGUAAAAGAGAAUAUUCCUGCUCCAAAUGAGGAUGUUCUCGUAUUAGUUUGUGGUCCAAGCAGUGGUGGAAAGGCAUCUGAUAUGUCUCAAGGACUUGUUAGGGGCAUAUUGAAAAAACUUGGAUAUACACAAGAUCAACGUAAUCUUCCCGAAAUCAACUAUCUAUGUUAUAGUUGA